AUGGACUCAGAUGAGGAAUCUUCCUGCGCGGUAUCCGCUCCGGUUGGGAAGAAGCGUAUUCCGAAAGCGUGUACCUCUUGUCGACAGUCGAAAGUGAAAUGUGAUGGUAAACGACCGUGUACAAGAUGUAAGCGGGCAAGGAAACAGUGUGUAUUCUUUGAGAUUCCGAAGGAUCCUGCUGUUUUACGCCUGGAGAACGUUGAAGCAGAAGUACAGCGUCUACGGGAGCAAUUAAGCAAUGUGAAUGAGCUACUACUCCGUCAAUCUACACAGCAGCAACAGCAAAUUGCUGUCACGUCUCCGGCUUCAGCUCAUGUCAUGUCUGAUCCUGGGACAAUGCCGACGUUUCUCGCUACAGAUGGUCUGGGUGGGUAUCAUCAUCAUCAUCAUCACCAUUGGCGAGGGGUAAGGUAUCCUGUGACCCAUAGGGAUCAUGAUGCUGGCGUGUUUCAGUUUCCGACUCCUGGAAUGGAGGCUGCUCGGCCUACCCGGUCGCGACGUUCAGGAUUCGAUAUCAGGGAAGAGCCAAUAUUGGAUUUCAUCAGUAGGGGGAUGAUGACGGCUGAUCAGGCUAUGUCGUGCUUUAGGACGUUCUUUCAGGGCUGUGAUAGGUAUAUCCCGGUCUUCGAUCCAGAUAUUGACACCUUCAACUCUGUGCGCGCACGCAGUAGCAUUUUGCUCAAUGCUAUUUGCACGAUUGGCAGUCGGGUUGAGAUCAGGUCCGGAUCUCAGAUCCCUGAUCUAUUACAUGCUGAACUCAAAAGAUCGAUAAAUGUGGUCAUUCAAAACAAAAACCUCAAUUGUUUGGAAUCGGUGCAAGCAUUGCUCAUUGUAGCCUGCUACUCCGCCGAACGGUCCUUGAUCCUAUCGUUUGCAACUAGAAUGGCCUUGGAUCUGGGCCUGGAUGAAGCAUUCGAGGAACUGAUACAGAGACUGACGAUGAAAGAGACCGAAGGGAUUCAUGAUAUGUCUGGUGUGGUGGUAGAUGACGAAGAGCGCGCUUUGAUGCGUAAAUCUAGGACGUGGUUUGGUCUUUUGGUGCUUGAUCACAUAUUCCACGUCGACGGUGGGAAGCCUCCUGGUAUCCGGGUGACAGGGAAUGCACAUCGAUGUCGCAUUUUGCUUCGUCAUCGUACGUCUACUGUCUUGGAUUUGCGGCUGUUUUCUCAGGUGGAGAUUAUAGCAAGAGUCAACGAUACUCUAGACGCCAAAGAAACGCUCCAAAGAUCGGAUAUCACAGAGUUUGUACACGAAGCCAAGGUAGAUCUCGAUCUCUGGUUUGACGACUGGCUACGCAUAAUCGAAAACUCCCCCACAGCCACCCAAGAACGCCCCUUCCUCCUGGCGGCGCUACGAGUCCAAAAAUGCUGGGCCGAGUUAAUCCUGCACUGCAAAGCGCUCCGUUCCAUGGGCGUAGGAAACGUCGCAGAAAUGUCCCCAAUCGAACAAACCAUCCUCCUAACCGCCAAAUCCAGCGCCCGAAAACACCUCCGCCUAAUCAGCCUCGAACCCGACUUCUACCUCGCCAAACUCAAGUACGCCAUGGAUUUCGUCUGGGCCAAAUGCGCCUUUUGCUUCCUCUUACUCCUGAAAUUAUCACGUCUCCUUCCAGAACGGAAAGAAGAACACACGGAACUUCUAGAUCAUGGAAAUAGACUUCUGGAUGAGCUAACCAGGACUAACGGGGAAUCGGCCACAACGGCAGCAGCAGCAGCGACGACAACAACAACAACAGGGAUAGGAAAUAACAAUAAUAUCUACAUGCAGAUAUUACGAUUGAGUAUUGAAAAAUAUAGUCGUGUGUUGCAGGAAAGGGAGGUGAAUGAUGUCCCGAUUGGGGAAACAGGAGUAGGCGGCGGAAAUGUGGGAGGAGAUACUAAUCAACCGGGCACUAAUGCGAUGACGCCAUUUUGGGAAUUAUUUGAUGCGCAGGCCGAUCUGCAGAGUUUUGUGCCGGAGCAGUUUGUUAGGGAGUGGGAUUUUCCGGGCUUGGAUCUGUUUUAUUUUCCGACUGCGUGGCAGGAUUUCUUUGGGGAUUUUUCGUUGGCGGUCUAA